GGCUACAGGCACACCAACAUUCCUCAGUGGCACGGAUUGUUGGCCUUCGUAAACACCAAGUAUUGGAAACUACGAAAAUGGACGAAUGAAAGGCAUACAGUGAAGUGUCGUGAUCUAACUUGAGGGAUCUUUUAUUUUGUAUGAUUCCAUACUAAAAAUAAGUAUUUUUUCGCUAUUGGUUAAUCGUUGAGUGUUGUCUUAUGUCGUCCGAGCUGGGAGUCUAAUAAACCUCAUUUUAGAUGGCGCCAGUUGUUGUGAAUAUGGGAACGGCAGCUGUGUCCACUGUCCUCCUGCGUUUCUCUCUGUGUCUAUGGAUGUGUUUGUUCGUAGCAUGCGAGCAACCUUCGCCAGAGGAAGAGGAGUUGUACAGUACUGUAAAACAUUCGGAACUGCAGUGGACGUCUUUUCCAGUAAAGGGGUGGAGUGAGGUUAGAAUGAAACUGGGAUCGGAGACUGCAAACACUGUCUACCAAGCUUGCAGUUCAAACAGUGACCUUCGAACCCUCUGGAGCGACUGGAUCCCACAGAAAGAUGGCCGCACGCUCUUCAUGGACCUGACCUUCACUCAGGAAGCUGAAGGCACUUCUCAGUUGAGCCCCUUGCUGGUGUUUUUCCGAGAAUCGGAUCGCCCAGUUAAGCGACUUUCCGGCGAUAAUGACACCCUUGUUCACGCCCUUCGUGCCCCACGUCCCUUCAGCCCAACAGCCAAAAUACCGGAAGGGAUUGAGCAAAGCCUCAACUUCAGUCGGGGUCUACCACUAGGCCAUCUCUCGCGGAAAGGCUUCCACCUGGGAUUUGCCUACUCCGGGCCCUGCGUGUUCAUCGCUUCCGUCAGGCUCUACUCCAGGCGAUGCCCAGGCUUCGUGGAAAGCCGGGCCGGUUUUGGGAGCGUGGUCGGAGGGACAGGGCCGGUGAGCGGUGCCUGCGUGGAGAAUUCGGUGGAGAUUUCACCGCCCCAGAGGGAGUGUCACGCCAACGGUUUAUGGGGUCCUCUGGAGGGCCAGUGUGACUGCGUUCCAGGGCACCAGGAGGCCAGGGAACUCUGUGUGGCUUGCAGAGCUGGAACGUACAAACCAACCAAUGGGAGUGGGGCGUGUAUCCCAUGUCCGCCCAAUAGCAAAUCAGAUGGCGAGGGGGCAGUGGAGUGUGAAUGUAUGCAGGGAUAUUCUCGUGUGUCAGGUGACCCCAUUGAAAUGGGGUGUACAAAGCCCCCCUCGUCCCCGCGGAAGGUGAGAAUCCACCGGCAGGGCGGCUCCUGGCUGGAGCUGCACUGGGACGCGCCCGUCGACCUGGGCGGGAGGGCGGAGCUGUGGUACGACGUGCGGUGCGCGGAGCGCGAGCAGGACCCCGGGGGGCGGUGGGAGCCGUGCGGGGACGCCGUGCGUUUUUCGCCGAGCCGGCGCGGGCUCAACGACACGGCGGUCAACGUCACCGGGGUGGACCCGCGCGCGGACUACCACCUGUCCGUGGUGGCGGCCAACGCCGUGUCCGCGGUGCUCAGCGGGGCGGACUCCGCCAACUCCAUCACCAUUGACAGAUGGAAAUACGAUGUCGUCCACACCAGUGUCCCUGCCACCAUCAAGGGAGGUCCUCCGUCGUUCUGGGUGGUUGUGGGCGGGGCUUGUGGGGGAGGGCUGCUGCUGGCCCUGGCCAUUUUGGGCGUUUGCUAUAAGCGCCGCCGCUACGUCAAGCUCAGCCAAGACCAAGAGCAGCCUCUUAUGCCCAUGUCAACAGUAGUGAGGUACCGUCGACCCGAGCAACGUGACAUCACUCCUGCCCCCCAGCCAAUCAGCGGCCAGCUUCCGGAAGGCCUGAGUACCCGACUACAGACCAGUCUGAAGGACAUGCUGGUGGAUCGUGGGUCUCUGACCCUGGGAAAGCCACUGGGUGCAGGAGAGUUUGGGUCAGUCUACGAAGGAGUCUUCUCCCCACAGGAAGGAGGUGACGUCAAAGUUGCAGUGAAGACGAUGAAAGUGGGAAUACACAGCCUAGAUGACUUAGAAUCUUUCCUAAAGGAGGCGGAGAUCAUGCAAGGCUUCGAUCAUGAUAAUGUGGUCAAACUACUCGGGGUCACCCUGGAGCAGGUGCAAGAGCAGGAUUCCUCUGUCCCCAUGCCAAUGCUGAUUUUGCCGUUUAUGAAGCACGGAGACCUCAGACGUUUUCUCAUCGCCACUCGCUACAACGAUGUACCCAUGUUUGUGCCCUAUCAGAGUCUGCUGCGCUUCAUGAUUGACAUCGCAGCUGGAAUGGAGUACCUCGGCUCCCACAGCUUCGUCCACAGGGAUCUGGCUGCACGCAACUGCAUGUUGGGUGAUGACCUGAGGGUGUGCGUGGCCGACUUCGGCCUCUCCAGGAAAAUCUACAGCAGCGACUACUACCGGCAGACGGCAGCCGUCCGUGUGCCAAUCAAGUGGAUGUCAGUCGAGAGCCUUUCAGAGUCCAUCUACUCCGUGAAAAGUGACGUGUGGUCUUUCGGGGUCACCAUGUGGGAGAUCGCCUCCCGAGGCAGGACGCCCUAUCCCGGGGUCCACAACCACGAGCUUCUGGACCUCCUGGAGUCUGGCCACCGGCUCAAACAGCCUGAAUGUGACCCUAAGCUCUAUGAGGUAAUGCUGAGCUGCUGGAGCAGAGACCCCGCACGGAGGCCAGGUUUUGGGGAGCUGGGUGACACACUCAGGGCCCUGCUCUCCGAGCUGCCGCCCCUGGAGGCCAGCGAAGAGGUGCAUUACAUCAACCAGGGCCUGACGGCCGCCGACCAGAGGGCCGCUGAGGGAGGGGACCCCGAGUUUGAGGAAGGGGCAACGGGCAACGUCUACCUGCCCAGCCCUGUGGCCGUCCCCCCCUCUGCGGAGGACGAAGAAGGCUACCUGCAGUACCUCAAGAGUCAGACACAUACGAACUGAUCAAUGGGGUUUACACUGAAAUCGCCGUUAUCAUAAACUGCCUUAGAUCGCAAAACAGCCUGAUGCGUCUUCCAACCAGAAUACCGAGACAGGUUAGGAGUGAUAGCUUCACCUGUCACUAUGGCACCAUUGGCCUGGACAGGUUGACUCCCUGUAAAUCCGCCAAGCUUCCAGUGAUGUGCUUUGGUAGUAAACCAACGGUCAAUGACUUCUUUUGACAACUCAUGACUUGUAAUGUUUUGAGGGCUGAAGUCUGACAGUGAAGUUAUAUAUGCAACAUAAAAUACAAAAUGUAAGAGAAAACACCACAACUUGAGUUAUGUAGGCUAAAUGCGUUUGAAUGAAGUCUUUAAAAAUGUAUCUUGUAUAGAAAUGUGUGCAAAUAGGGCAUUAUUUUUUAAAUCAACAAUCAGUGUACAUACCUCAAAGUCUAUUCUGCUGUUUUUUUUUUUUGGUUGUUUUUUGUGAUAUUAACAACUCUGCAUAGUUUAGUGGUACCCUUGGUGAUUCCACUCAGAUUUCCAAUCACCAAGACUUUUAUAAGCCUCUGACAGUUGACAGUUUGGGUUAGUGCUUCGACUGGAGGUUUGGACAGUAGCCUAUGCAACCCCUGAGGGCACGUCGUUCGAGUAAAUCACACGUUUACGCGAGGCGAAGGCUCCAGUGUCUGAUAUAGUUCUAGAUUAAUGCCAAGUCAGCUCAAGGACAUGUUUGGGGAAGAGAUGCCAGUUCCAUUUGCUGUGUCUGUGCGCGUGCGCGUGCGCGUGCGUUCGUGUAUGUGUGUCUGUUGUAAAAACGUAAAGUUUGGUAUUAAAAAAAUGAUAAUUUGUUCUUUGUAAAUGUGGAUACCCUUUAAGUGUUGGAAUGCAUAACCUUGUGCACUCGCCGUUUCCACGUUUGCUAUAGGCUAAUUUUCCUUAAUAAUGAGCUGCAGGAGGCCGACUAGAAAGUCAUUCAUAAAAAGUCGGGUGUUGUCAUCCGGAAGACGUAGUAGAGCAUGAAUUAAAAGUUUUAUUCGUUUGCAUAGCAAACGUGCAAACGUGAUGUUGUCUUUCAGGGUGUGUAAAACACCACAGAUAGACUACUUCUGAGAGCCUGCCGCAACUAAAAUACGAAGACUUUCGUAAUGAUCAUUCAUUUUUAUUGUACUCAGAUAAAAUUGUUAAAGAUUCCUUUGUACGGGAAUCAAUUAGGAAAAUUGGAAUAAAGUUUUUGUUCGUGUA